AGUCAAUCGAAGGGGCUUUUUGAUUCGGCGAUUAUCAAUAUUAUUAUAAAUAUCCUAUCAAUAAUAUAAAUAUAUCAUCAAAAAAAUGUCAUAAAUUCAGUGGUGAUUGAAAAUUUAAGUGGUUUUUGUAUAUUCUGUCGUUUAUCCUGUGAAAUGGAGAAUUUUGAGGACGAAAUAAGCAGUUUGGACGAAGAAACUACUUCUUUAUUGAACAAUGAUUCUUCUGAGAAGAAAUCUGAUGACAUCAAUCCUGAUUUGUUAGAUGAUGAUAUUCAAGAUACACGAUCAGAACUGAAAUUUGAUAUUGCUCUGGAAUCUGAAGAAGAGACUGAAAAGAGAACAGAAAUAGAAAGAGCACUGGAAGACCAGCACUCAUUAUUGGGAACUUGGCAAAAUUUUGCAAUAAGCAGUUAUGGACUUGUUGCAGAUGAUCUGAGGUACAAGGUUUGGCCUCUCCUGCUAGAAGUUGACCCUAGUCAUGAUGAAAGAAUCCCAUCAUUAGAAGAACUGUCUGGUCAUAGUGAAUAUCAACAAGUAGUAUUAGAUGUAAAUAGGUCUUUAAAAAGAUUUCCACCAGGCAUUCCAUAUAAACAAAGAGUAGCUUUGCAAGAUCAGCUCACUGUCCUUAUAUUGAGGGUAAUAAUGAAAUACCCAAAUUUACGUUACUAUCAGGGCUAUCAUGAUGUAGCUAUAACAUUCUUAUUAGUAGUAGGAGAGGUAAUGGCAUUUAGGAUAAUGGAAAAACUCAGUACAAAUCAUCUGAGAGACUGUAUGGAGCCUACAAUGGAAAAAACUUCACACAGACUGAACUAUAUUUAUGCUCUGCUCUCUAGAGUUGAUGCUGAUCUUCAUAAUUUCAUGGAUAGUGCAUCUGUAGGUACAAUGUUUGCAUUACCUUGGUACCUCACCUGGUUUGGACAUUCUCUAAACCAGUACAAAGAUGUGGUGAGGCUCUAUGACUAUUUCUUGGCCUCACCACCUGACAUGUCUCUGUAUGUGGCAACAUCCCUGGUAGUGCACAGAAGGAAAGAAGUUUUUGCUGAGGGCAGUGAUAUGGCUAGCAUCCACUGCACUCUGUCCCAGAUUCCAGAUAACCUGGAUUUUGAGGAAAUUCUGGAAAGAGCCUCUGCAUUCCACAAGAAGUAUCCUAUGGUGAAAUUGGAGCAUUUGGUGAAGAAGAGGGUCCAAAAAGAAAUUGAUCAGCGUAAGAAGGAUGAACAGAUUAUGAGAAGACGUCUGAAUAGAAAUAAGAGCAUGUGGGUACGCCUCAAUAAUAAUCUACCAAUGUGGUUGGUUUUCAAAGGGAGGUAUGGACUUCUAUUUGCUGCAGCAACAGUUCUUUUGGGGUAUCUUUUCUACAUCAAAGCAUCAGAAAAAAAAUUUUCACUCAGGAAUUUAUUCAAUACAUGACAUUUGCUGACACCAGCCCCCAUAGGAACCAUCAUGCAUAAACGGUUUUAUACAAUUUUUUAGAUAUUUAUUAUUUUUGUAUGGAUUGUAAAUUGUAUAUUGAGGUAUUAUGAAAGUGAAAGAAAAAUAGACUUAUUAAUUAUAUUUAUCUAGUAAUAAGGUAUCAGAGAUGCUUGUUAUUAUUAUUAUCAAUAUUAUAUAUUGUCACAGUGUAUUGCUCAAGCAAUAAACUGUGUACAUGGUAGAGAAACUAAGAACAUAAUUCAAUCAAUUGUCCCAAUUAUUUGAUCAGAUUUGAUUCCCAUAUCUGUGAAUUUAUUAUUUUUUUGAUGAGCAAAUGAACAAAACAGCAGCAUUACCAAAAAUUUUAAUUUCUAUUUAGGAAAAUAAAUUGUACAGGAACAAAAAAAAAUCAUUGUUAAUUUCGAAUUCUUCAGAAUAAGUGUAU